AUGAAGGGGAAUCUCUUCACUGAGAAUGAGGAAGACUAUUCCUAUGUUGUUCUACCUAGGAAUACAUACAGAGAUGAAGAGAGAAACAAGAAGUUAUUCUGGUCUUUCAGCAUAGAUCUUUACAUGUACUUUUUCCCCAAUGAGAUUGUUCAAGCCUCUCUAGCCCUAUUGGAUGCUGAAUAUACAGUCACAAACUUCAGUGGCAAUAAAGAUAUGAGGACAAAGGUUCACUACAACCAUACCUCAUACAGAAGUCUUACAGUUCUUACUAUUCAGGAAGCCUGGAUAUUGAUGGGUUCCCAGUUGCAGUGGUUGACAGCUAUUCACAUAUUGACUUUUCAACACAUACCACAUCUGAUCGCAGGUCAAUUCGUAAGCUCUCUUCCUUAUACUUCAGUCACUGGAGUCAUUGGAGAAGGGGUCAUUCUGCCUUGCCAUGUGGUAGCAGAGCACAUUCCUGAGAUAUUUUCUGUCCAGUGGAUAUUUAAUGAACAAUAUGAAAAAAUAACUGUGAGCAGAUAUGAUGAAAAAAACAAAAAAGAGACACAAGAUGAGAGAUACCAAGGCAGAACAGAGUUUUUCCACAGUGAAUUUAGAGCUGGAAACAUGUCUCUGCACUUGAAGAAUGUCAAGAACUCUGACAAAGGAUCAUAUACUUGUGUGGUCUCUUUUGACAACCAGCACUACGAUGUGCUCAUUGAACUGGAAGUGGCAGCUAGAGGUGAUGUGCCUUCCAUUUUCCUGAGGAGCUAUGUGAAGCAGGGUAUCAGCCUCACUUGCCACACAGAAGGGUGGCUUCCUGAACCUCGGGUGAUUUGGCUGGAUGGUCAAGGACAGAUCCGGAAGGAACUAUCAACCACGAAGAUAACGAUGAUGCCUGCAGGCCUAUACAGUGUCAUAACUUCCAUGAACCUGGAACCAGGAUCUGAUAUGGAAGUCUCUUGCAGGAUAGUUAACAAUCUGUUAAACACAACAAGUGAGUCCCGAGUCCUGAUUUCAGAUGUUUUCUUUCCAUCCAUUUCCAAAUUGCUAGCUGUCUUCCUGGUAAUAUUAUGUCUUAGCAUGGUGCUUAUUUCCUCUACAUUCUAUAAGCUGAGAAGUAACCACAAGAAAACAGUAAAAUCAGUAAAAGUGAAGAUGGCAAUGGAAGAAGAAAAAGAACAGCUGAAGUCAAUGUUAGAGAGAGAGAAAACCACAAAUAAAACAGCAAAGUCUGCACUCAGAGAACGCUUUGAUCAACUUAAAGCUGAGUUGGAUUUCUGGGAAGCUCAGAGCCACGCAGUAUCCAUUACUGUGAAUCCAGCUGGCCGAGACCUAGAGCUCCAAGUGUCUGGAGCACUGAACACCAAGAGCAACAACCCCUCUGAAUCUGCUGAUCUGAGCACUCCCUCCACAGUCCGCAUCCUGGUGGGGCAGGAAGGGUUUGCAGCUGGGAAACACUACUGGGAGGUGGAGGUGGAACAGCAGCAGGACUGGGUGCUGGGGGUAGUGAGGGAGAAAGGGAAACAAGAUGUGGGAGGUGUACUUUCCAUGGAGGACUACUGGGCUCUGCACAGAUCCCAGGGAGAGCUUUUCUCUAGCAAAACAGACAUUCAGAUUGAGAAGAGGCAGCUGCAUUAUUCAGUGAUUGGUGUAUUUCUGGACUUGGAGGAAAGGCAAGUCAAAUUUUAUGAAGCAGUGCAGAUGGUGCUCCUGGUAACACUCCCUAUAAGCUUUGGAAAGGAAGCGGCAAAAAUGUUUUACCCAUUUGUACCCAAAAGGGAAGGGGCACUCAAACCUUUUCUUAUCCACCCAGUUAGAAUACCUUCUAUUCUGGAAAAACUGUGA